UGCGUCAGAGGUGAAAGGUGAAGUGUCUGACAGAGCCGCAUGCCUGAUGUUGUGGUGUUGAUGCAGGACGUUUAAAGGGAUUUACAAGCUCUUGCUUAUUAUUGUCGGUUGCAUUCCUUGCAGCUUCAGGAGUUUUGCAGCCCCUCAAGCUCCAGACUCAGACUCAGCUCCUGAGGUAAAAUGCGUAACUUGAAGCUGCUGAAGAGCCUGAAGAGCUCAGAGCUGCAGGGGCCGGGCUCCCCGCAGUGUUUCUGUGUGCGGGCAGACACCGGAUCACUGCUGGUUGCUUCUCACUACUCCAUCACAGAAUAUGACCCACGGACUGGCCAGGUGGUCACCGAGGCGUCAUUGACCGCUGAGGGUUUCCUCCCGGAGGACGGCAGCGGAGAGGUGGUGGGGUUGCAGGAAUUGGCUGAACUCGAGUCGGCAUGUUUGGCCACAGCUGGUGGCGACGUCAUCCUCUUCAACCUCAACACGUGCAAGUUGGAGUGUGUUGGCAGUGUGGAUAGUGGUCUGACCUCGAUGUGUUGGAGUCCUGAUGAGGAGCUCGUCAUUCUCACUACUGGUCAGGAGACGAUCAUUAUGAUGACGAAGGACUUUGAGCCAAUCACUGAGGUUGGAAUCCACCAGGACGACUUUGGUGAAGGGAAGUUCAUCACGGUUGGUUGGGGAAAGAAAGAGACUCAGUUUCACGGCUCGGAGGGGAAACAGGCAGCACAAAAGAAGAUCCAGGAGGUGCAGCCGGCUGCAGCCUGGGACGACCGGAGGCCGCGGGUGACCUGGCGAGGUGACGGACAGCUGUUUGCCGUCAGUGCUGUUUGUCCCCAGACUGGAGCGAGGAAGGUCCGGGUGUGGAACAGAGAGGGAGUCCUGCAGGCCACAAGUGAGACCAUCAACGGCCUGGAGCAGGCGCUCUGCUGGAAACCCUCAGGGAGCCUGAUAGCGAGCACUCAGCGUCAUCCCAACAAACACAGCGUGGUUUUCAUGGAGAAGAACGGACUGCUGCACGGAGACUUCACCCUACCUUUCAGCAAAGACCAGGCAACAGUGAAGGACCUCUUGUGGAACAGUGACUCCACUGUGUUAGCUGUUUGGUUGGAGGACAUGACUGCUGGAGAAGACAAACAGGUCAACACUUACAUCCAGCUGUGGUCGGUGGGGAACUACCACUGGUAUCUGAAGCAGAGUCUGGACUUUGGCAGAGACUCUCAGAAGGCUCCGGUCUGUGUCUGCUGGGAUCCUGAGCGGCCCCUGAGGCUCCACGUGGUGUCCAGCAACUGGACCUGCAUCACCUACGACUGGGGCUGGACCACCGAGAGGAGCCCCGGGCUGGACGCCACCGACAAUGCCAACGUGGCGGUGAUUGACGGAGAUAAAAUCCUGAUGACAACCUUCAGGCAGUGUGUGGUUCCUCCUCCCAUGUGUUCAUUUGAGCUCCAGAUGACAUCACCAGUCAACCAGGUGACCUUCCUCUGUCGACCUCAGAGGACCAAUCAGCUGGCAGCAUUAACCUCAGACGGACGCAUCUCGGUCUACAGACAAGAUUCAGGAGAACAAGCUGAAAAAACAACAAAUGCGUUCAGGACGAUGUCUCGUCCUCUGGUCCUCCAGAAAACCUUCAGAGUGACAGUUCACCAGGACGAGCCUCUGGCUCUGCGGCAGCUGCUGUGGCUGGAAGACGAGCUGUUUGUGGGUGUGAGCCCCGGUCUGCUGCCGACCUCCUCCACCCUGCUGAUGCUCCGCUCUGCUCCUGAUGCUGAUGACACUCUCACUGUCAGGUCAGAGGUGGAGGUGGACGGUAUCGUCAUCAGCACGGUGCACUGCUCUCAGACUGGCACUGUGGCCUUGCAGCUGGAGGACGGACAGAUCAGGAAGCUGCUGUGGGAUCGUCCUGAGCUGUCGGUGGAGGAAUGGCGUGACUCCAGCGGAUGUAGCAUCAACUUUCCUGUUCCCUGCGUUCAGACUGCACUCUGCAGCAUCAGUGGAGAGGAUUACCUACUGGGCCUGACAGACAGGUCCCACCUGUACGCAGGAGACACAGAACUGGCCUCUAAUAUUUCCUCCUUUGCCGUUUGCAACGACUUCCUCCUCAUCACAACACACUCCCACACCUGCCGCUGCCUCCAACUGAGCGCGCUCAGUAUCAAAGGGCUGCAGGUGGCCUUGGCGUCAGAUGGAGUUCAGAAUGACGAGACUCUGAGGCGGGUGGAGAGGGGAUCCAGGAUCGUCACUGUGGUCCCACAGGACACCAGAGUGAUACUUCAGAUGCCCCGUGGAAACCUGGAGACGGUGCAUCAUCGAGCGCUGCUAUUGGCUCAGCUCAGGAAGUGGUUGGACGGUUUGAGGUUCAGAGAUGCUUUUGAGUCAAUGAGGAAGCUGAGGAUCAACCUGAACUUUAUCUAUGAUCACAACCCAAAGGUUUUCUUGGAGAAUAUCAAGACAUUCAUCACACAGCUCAACUCCAUCAACCACGUCAACCUCUUCCUCACCGAGCUCAAGGAGGAGGACACAACCAGCAGCAUGUACCCCCGUCCUGAGGGCAGUCCUGUCCACACUCCUCCUGCGUCCGGGCAGAAGAAGGUGGAUGUGGUUUGUGAUGCUUUGAGGAGCGCCAUGGAGUCAAUGGAUCACAACAAGUUCUUUCUGUCCAUACUGACGGCUCAUGUGAAGAAGACGCUUCCUGAGCUGGAGAUCGCUCUGCAGAAAGUCCACGAGCUUCGGGUGAACCCUCCUCAGGCUCCCGGUGCCGUGAACGCCGAAGAGGCGUUGAAGUACCUCCUCUUCCUCGUCAAUGUCAACGACCUGUACGAACACUCGCUGGGAACGUACGACUUUGAUCUGGUGCUCAUGGUGGCUGAAAAGUCCCAGAAGGACCCCAAAGAGUACCUUCCAUUCUUAAACAUGCUGAAGAGCCUGGAGCCAAACUACCAGCGCUACACCAUCGACAAACACCUGAAACGCUACAGGAAGGCCCUGCAUCACCUCAGCAAGUGUGGAGAGGAACAUUUCCAUGAAGCUCUGCAGCUCGUCAAGGAGCAAAGACUCUACAGUGAAGCUCUGCGGCUCUACACAGCAGACAGUGCUCACUACAAGGCUCUGAGUUGUGCUUAUGCAGAGCACCUCAUGGAGCAGCAGCAGGCGGAGCAGGCCGGCUUGUUGCUAUGGAGAUGUGGAGAGUUAGCCAGCGCCCUGCAGGCGUUCACCAGCAGCUCCAGCUGGAGAAACGCCAUCUGUGUGGCCCAGCAGAUCCCGCUUCCACCGGACCAGUUAGCUCUGCUGGCCAGAGACCUGGCAGAGAAGCUGACUGAACAGCGACGGUACUCAGAAGCUGCUCUGCUGUUGGACCAGUACGCUAAAGACUGUGAGGAGGCCAUCUUGGCUCUGAUCACUGGGGCAGUCUGGGAGGAGGCGCUCAGACUGAUUUACAUGCACAACAGGCAGGACAUCACUGAGACCAACCUCAAACCUGCACUGCUGGAAGCCGUCAGCUCUCAGACCGCCUUCCUGGAGGCUCAGGUAGCGACGUUCACUCGGCACAGGACUCGCCUGGCUGUGGUCAGAGAGCAGAAAGAGAAGGCCAGGCUGGACAUGCUGGAUGAGGACGGUCCAGACUGUCCUGAUGCAGAGCUUUAUUCUGAAGCCAGCAGCGUGAUGACCGGUUCCAAAUACUCCCACAGCAACUCCCGCAUCUCCUCGAGAUCAUCGAAGAACCGCCGGAAAGCCGAGCGGAAGAAGAUGAGUCUGAAGGAGGGAAGCCCGAUGGAGGACCGAGCGCUGAUGUGUGCCAUGAGUGACAUCAUCACCACCGUGGACAAGAUGAGAGAGGAAAUGCACAACCUGCUGAAGGCGCUGCUGAUGUUCCAGUUCGACAAACAGGCAGAGAAGCUGCAGAAGGCGUACGAGGAGGCUCUGCAGAUGAUGGAGGCAGCGGCCCCUGAGGUGUGGCCCGAAGGCCAGCAGAACAAUCAAGCGCCGCUAACUGGACCAAACUCGACCGCAAACAGCAUCAUGGCGUCUUUCCAGCAGCAGCAGAGACCUGCAGCUCCACUACAAGCUGCUGAAGUCCUGACGCCACCGAAGAUGAGAAGCGGCGUCAAGUGGAAGCUGACUGUUCUGACAUAAGUUAGUUUUGUUUGUGAACUUGUUUUAACUGUAAAUUCUGAUGGUUAGUAUGUCAUAAAUAAAGAUUCAGGUAAAUGUCUCCUCUCA